CACUCCAAACUUGAUUUCAAGUCACGUGUCUAAGACAGUCAUCGAGAGAGUCUUCUUCUUUGACAUCUGAUGGCACCUCCGUCGAUGUCCACUCUCCCGCCUGAGUUUAUAGCGGAAAUACUUACCGAGUUACCCGUCAAGAGUCUCAUACGCUUUAUGUGCGUUUCGAAGUCAUUCAACGCCCUGAUUAACGACCCAUAUUUCAUAAAGAAGCAUCUCAAGCGCUCCAUCGAGACCAACAGGGAACGCACGCUCAUUGUCCAGGACUGCGAGAACCUUCGGAGAACGGAUCCCUGGUUUAAAAAAUUUGAGUACAACAAUCGUCGACCACCGUAUUUCUACUCGAUACGCUUUCACGACGAUGGUCGGUUCGGUAGAGCCGUGCGAAUGUACCAGCCACUGCGCCAUAUGCGAGCAAAAGGCACAAUCGCGUAAUUUUGCAACGGCCUGGUUUGUCUCUACAACUGGGAGACUCAGAUUGUUAUUUGGAACCCAUUAAUAAGAAAGUAUAAGGAAUUACCUUUUGAGCCGAUCGAUAUUCCUUCAGGUUUCAAGAAAGAAGUCUCUCAUUAUUCUAUCUGGAACUCUCCCGCUAUGUGGUCGAAAUUUGCAUUUGGGCACGAUCCAGUUAACGACGACUACAAGGUGGUGAGGGUGUCGGAAUUGCGUAAUUGGCAUGAGCGGGUUUUUGAAGUCAAGAUAUAUAGCCUGAGAACGAAUUCUUGGAAGAGGGUCGAACAUAAAUGGCCUAAAAACGAUUCACCGAUUGCUUCCAAGCCUGCUUUCUUGAACGGUGCUGUGCAUUGGUUGGCUACUAAAUGCCACAGGUCUCUGAAGAUACUUAUUGCUUUGGAUCUUGCCACCGAAAAGUUCUGGAUGUAUAAGACUCCGUUUAAGUUGGUCAGUUUUUUAUCAGUGCCCGAUUUGGAGGUCCUGGGAGGCUGUCUAUGUGUUUGCGUAAACGAAUUUAUGGAGUCUAUCACUGUUUGGGUGAUGAAGGAGUAUGGGUUGGCGAGCUCCUGGACUCGGCUCUAUACUAUUAGGCUGGAGGCACAUCACAACUGUAAGCCUUUAGCAUUUUCGAAGAAUGGCGAGAAGGUUUUGAUGCAGCAGGACUUCGACAAUCUCUUUUGGUAUGACAUAGAAGAGGAGACAAGCAGCGAGGUUGAGAUUGUGGGUAUGCCGGAAAUGUUUCGGACGGCGACUUGUGUGGGAAGCCUUGUUCUACUCGAUGGUGAUAGUGUGCUUGAUGUCGACUUAGAAGAAGGGGGACUACUCUAUGAGUUAUGGUGGUAAAUCCAUUGGGAGGUCUUUCAAUCUGUUGGUUGAAGAAAUGGACUUUAUAAAUGAAGAGCUGGAAGGGUGUUUUGGAUUUCUCGAGCUACUCUGUUUUCACAUUUUGGUAUGUAAUGGAAAUCUCAUGUUAAUACUUUAUGGGAUUUACGAUUAAAGUUUAGU